AUGUUGCAGAAGGCUUUAAUAGAGGCCAUUAGAAAGGCAGAUGUUCAUUACUACGAAGACGUCGAUCAACAGGAAAUGUUUGAAGGGGCGAUCAAAGGUGCACUUACCGCUCUGGACGAUCCCUAUACUUUCUACCUGCCGCCGGUGGAUCAGAAACGCGAAGAGGAGAAUCUUUACCAUGCAAAAUUUGGCGGACUGGGUAUUCGGAUUUAUGAGGAUAAAGGUUUUAUAAAAAUUGCUCGGCCCCUGCCCAAUACCCCAGCAAUGCGAGUGGGACUGCAAGCUGGUGAUUACAUAACCAAAGUCGAUGGAGAGCCGAUUCAUAUCAGUGCGGGCGGACAAACGCUUGCAGAAGUCGUUGAUAUUUUAAGAGGAUUAAUUGGCACAGAGGUCACCGUUACGGUGCAGCGACGAGGACAUUCGGAUCCAUUUGAUGUGACAUUAAUCCGUGAGGAAAUUAAAAUCACUAGCGUUAAGCAAACGAUGCUAGAGGACGGAAUCGGUUAUAUAAAAAUUGAGAGCUUCACCGGCAGAACCGUUGAAGAGUUUAAGAAGGCACUAAAGACCUUACUUGAUGCUGAAGACGGAGCGAUGACGGCACUGAUUCUGGAUCUCCGACACAAUUCGGGAGGAUUGCUUCAAGCUGCCUACGACGUGGCUGAUGCCUUUAUCUCUAGGGGAAAUAUUGUGUCAACACAAGGACGACUUAAUAGAUACAACCAAGAGUAUCCGGCAACGCCUGAAACACUUUGUCCAGCCGAGAUCGAGCUAGUUGUGCUUGUGAAUGAGUAUAGCGCGAGCGGUUCUGAAAUUGUCGCAGGCGCCAUCAAGGAUUCCAAGCGGGGAGCCAUCCUCGGCAAGAAAACUUUCGGCAAAGGUGUUGUUCAGCAACGGUUUCCUUUGAACAGCUUAGACAAAAAAGGCGCAGUAUCACUCACAAUCUCGACUUAUUACACACCGAGCGGCGUCUCGAUUAAUGAAACCGGGAUUGAGCCAAACGUUGAGGUCGAGAUGAGCAAACUUGAUGAAGUAACAGCGGCGAUGCGGUUGUAUGCGAGGAAAUAUGUCGAAACGUUUGUUGAGGAGUGGAUCGAACGGACAGAGAAGGAGAUGGGGAAAACUCCCAAAGAUUUCUCUCAGUUGGAGGCAGAGCUCCCAGACUUAAUGACGACACUUGCGGAACACAAUAUCACACUUGAUAUGGAGAUUAUCAAGAACGAGGCAAAUGCCUUCUUCAACAGAAAUGUCGGUCUUGAUCCAUUGAUCGAUCUCGUCAAUGACAACCAGUUACUAGACGCAAUCCAGCUUAUCAAAACGGGUGGAGUUGAAGCAGUCCUCGCAUCAUCUACAACAGUAGAUCUCUAA